CGUGACACACGCGUCUCUAUCACGCUCGACGUGUUCCAACUUGCACCUAACCGUCUGCAGUGGCUUCCUCAGGCCUUUUGCACCUCGUUUAACGACAUUUGGUUUCACAACCCGCUCUGAAAGAGCAGCGGUAUACUUCAGCUGCAUCUGUGACGUGAUGAAUUCUCGCCUGCAUGUGCAGCGAUCGACGGAAGCUCCAAUGGACUUCCAGUUUACGUCUCGACCAAGCAGUAAUACAAAGCCAGUCUGGGCCUCUAAUAACGACUUAAAUGCCCCCCGAAAACGUGGUUUUUCAUCUUGUUUUCUUCCUAACCGAACUGACAAGUUUCAGGCCCAUUCGAUGACCUUGAACCCACAAACCCGGGCAUUUCCUCAUCCACCUCAAACUCCUAUGUUUGGAGAAAAUCACAACGUGCCAUUCAUUUUUCAAGCUGCACCACCGCAGACUCCUCCAGUGCACGCAUGGGCGCCCCCCGUGAAUUUCUCACCUCAGAAAGCAUUUCCUCCUCAGGAGCUGCACGAUGUGGAUAUGUCCGAGCUUAGCCCUCAUAAACCCGAGGCUUCUGAGAAAGAAAGUGGGAGAAUAGUUGCCACAGGGGCGCUCAGAAGAGUUUUCAACUCGAGGCAGAGGGCUCGUACGAAAAGCCAUCAUGCUGUAUCAUUACGCGACGACCCGGGGUACGGCAGCGAGGAAGAAAGUGAUGGCGAUACAGAUCAUGUGGGGCCUGUGACACAAAAUACGUCAAACCACUACACCCUCAACAUGCCGUCUGCCCCGGCACCGCAGUCAGACAUGCCACAGGUCCUGCUAGGCUAUUUACAGUUCUUUUUCAACCUGUCACUGGUCAUGGUUCAACGUGAUGUUGGACACCGCAUCUCAGAAUACUCGAUGGAUAUUGUGCAAGAGAUCGGCAUGUGUGCCACGCAAUACAGGAACAACCUAUGCGAAAGCAACCCUGUGCCUGCCAUGAUCCAACAAUGUGCAUCUUGGAAAACAUGCAUGGAUCGCGACCCCGCCACGGUUGGCCGUGCUCGAGUAGGUGCGGAACUUAUUGCUGAAGUUGUAAAUGGCUUUGUGGAGCCCAUCAGCUGGAAAACCUUGGCUUUUACGUUGACGUCACUAUCUUUUUUGACGGUCUUUAUCAACUCCUUAUUCUCGCUGUACCGGUCGCGUCACGAAGCUGCCCAUUCUUCGCGAGCGUAUGCAGUUCCGCCAGUACCACAAUUUCCUCAUCAUUACCUCCCUUCUGGUCCGACACCUCGGGGAUCUGGGUUCGGAAAUAGUGACAAUAUGACGGAAGAUGCGCCUCGCAGAAGACGUCUAGAAGGCGGACAGGCGAUUAAAGUAAAAUGACGGUUUCUUUUCUCCAUUAUUAAAUCUAUGGGGCACGGAUCAUUGGAAUGCAUAGUAUAGACCCACAUCAAGCAUUUUUAUUAUUUUUCAUGAACGUUCCGAUCAAGUCUGGUCCAGAGUGGGAUUAAUGCGCUGCGAUCACUGAUUUCGGCUGAAGAGCUUAUACUAUAGGUUAAAUGUACUAGUGAGUUUCUCUUCGUACCGCUUAGUAGAAUGAGCC